AUGCCCAGAGGAAGCCACCGUGAAGAUGGAAACUUCUUUAGAGGAAAAGGACGGACCUAUUUCACAGCAGAAGAAGCCCUGGGAAUUGGGAUCUUCAUUUUGGUGCUGGCUAUGUUGCUUAUCUUUGGAUGCUGGUUUUACAAAAGGCGCAGUGGCUACAAAAGACUACGGAGCAAAGGCAUCAGUAUGGGCACCAUACAAACUGUGGUAGGUGAGGGAGCAACACCAGACUGCAAAACGGCUCUGCAAGAGUACAGGAACUUUAGUUCUGUGGUACCUGAUGCUCCACCAGCCUAUGACAAAAUUGCUGCAGAGCAGUCACCACCUCCUUAUUCACCAUGA